AUGUUACCAUCCGUGGCACAGCAGUCACACCACCUAUUACAUCACCAUCUUGACCAUCAACCUCCUUUCGACCAUUUGGAUCCUCAGUACGAUCUGGCCGGCAGUGCCUUACGAUAUGCUUUCCGUCAAGGUCAACAACACGGAUACGCAGAUCAGCAGCAGCCGUCGGCGAUGCUGCGUCAGCGGGUGCAAUACCAGCGACCCGUCCAGCGACCAAAUGACCAGGAUCAGACGAACGUAUCCAUGGUUAGAAAUGGAAGCACUGCGGAAAACACGCUGAGACGGAAAACCCCCAACGGCACACUGGCGGCAGGAUACGACGGCACACUUGGAGAUCAUUCCAUCCAGCGUCCAGCCUUAAAGCAUAUUUUGGUUUCAUUGGAUAAUGGCCAGGUCAUAUCACCACACUCUGCCCUUCCCAUAGAGUCUUGGCAAUAUAAAGGCCUCGAACACCUUCCAUCUUCCCAAUUUCAGAAUUUCCCGCAGCCAUACAAGUACGAUGUGAAUAGAUCUGCCGGCCUUCCUAGUGCUAUACCCCAAAACACCAAUGGCACGAGUUGGAUUCGAUCGUUGCACUAUCCCCCCGGCAUCGAUUCCAUGCUAAACCAAACAACACCGCUUCUUCCAUCACAAAGGUACUAUAUGCAAAAUGGCCCUCCGAUUCCCACAGUAUUAGCUUCGUCACUGCAGUCUACUCUUGGCCCAACGGCAUCUGGGGGAGUUGGCCCUUAUGGACCAUACUGGCCUGACGGUGCCUAUAUACCUUAUCGACCCGCUGCGUCCCGCGAUUUACGAUACAGGCCAAGCCCAGCAUUCGGCUCUGUUCAAGACAACUCCGCAGGUUUUGCGUCUCUCCAACAACCUUUUAAUAGGCAGUCUCUCCCUUCUACAGAGUUACUUACUCCUGGAUUCUCCUGGAAUCCCUUGCCAGCACAACUAACGCAACAGAAUCCGCAUCAAUUGUAUAAUUCGGACCCAGUUGUCCAGCAAUCAUUUCCUCCUCGACAUUCACAUCAAAACCAACUGGAUACAUUCUGGGAACAAAACAGUGACCCUUAUCGUAGUAGAUCGUCACAAAAUACACGGCUCGAUGCGCCGCAUCAAAGACAGCCCCAAUUAGAUAAUUCCAACUGGCAAGCUCUGCCACAACAGAAGACGCUACAAGGUUCAACAUCGGACAUUGGCUCAAGGCCAAGGAAUACCGAGUUCAAAGAAAAAAUUCUAUCCUGGGCACAUAGUGUAUAUGUUGACCUGCUUACUUCCCUUCACCACACUCGAAGGAAAAACGCCGCAUUAGGGAUUCAAGACAACAAUGCCCGGUCAAAACCGAAUAUAUAUCCCAAACCCCCGAGACAACCGGCUUCUGACUUCGAAUCACAAUCCAGCAACGCAGAUAUUACUCAUCAUAAUGUCCAGGGAGUCACUCUUCCGAAUCAACAAUUCCCUCGAACCCAUUCUCGACCUAUGGAUAUGAUGAUGGAAAAUCAAAUGGAUGGCGGCAAACAAAUCCCUCUGCGCAGCUCUGUUGUACCCGGUAACAAUUUCAUGCGGAACUAUCACGACGACCGCGUUCAUUUCGCGCAGCAUCCCAAUCAUCGAUUAGCGGACAGUCAUGGAUUUGAUAAUUUUCGCACGAUGCGUCGCUCUUCUGGCGGUAUUGUUUACGGUGAGGCUUCCGUGAUAGAGAAUGCUACUUAUGCGUUGGAUAUCCUGUCUAGUCUUUGUCUCGAAAGCGGAUGGGAAUGGAUAGAUGGAAUGCUUGUUGGCGGGUGUCUCGCCUAUGGCCUUGGGGAUUAUGAUAAAGCUCUUCGGUGGUAUACCCGAAUACUUAAUAAAGAUGCUUCACACGUCGAGGCGAUAUCUAACCUUGCGGCGACGCUUUUUGCGCUUGAUCGACGCGAGGAGGCAUUGAACCAUUGGCUACGCGCUGUCAAGUUACGACCAAGCUAUUUCGAAGCUGUAGAGCACCUAAUUGGGCUUCUCUGUAGCACUCAACGGGGGAAAGAAGCUGUUAAUAUCAUUGAAUUUGUUGAAGCAAAUCUGCGUGCUAAAACUAACGGAGAAUGCUUCAAGAUGGAUGGUCUUGUCAGCGAAACAGACAGUGAAACAGAGAGCAGAGAGUCGAGCGUUUCAACUACAGAGUCCAUGGAGAAAGCAGCUUUCGAUUAUGAAGUGGAGCCUGCCAGUCCCCCUAGCUUCGGUGCUAUCACGAAUGAAAAUGCCCCUGGGUUUGGGUCAAGUGGAUAUGCCAUACCUGGUUGUGACAAUGGACGAAUGCUUGCACUAAUACACGCGAAGGGCAAUAUGCUCUAUGCCUUAGGCGAUAAUGCUGGAGCAGCGUCGGCCUUCGAAGACGCCAUUCUCAUCGGAGCAGGGAGGCGGCGACGUGGAAUUCGAAGUCUUAUCAAGCUGAUACUGUCGGCGUUUGAGGAAGAUAACCGCCACUGUUUACCGGCACCUUCACAGAGGCGCGAAUCCACGAACCCACUGUUACUUUACCCAGAUAAGGCACUCCAAACGGCGACUCUCGUUUUCCCUCCCCAAGGAAACCUUCCAGGAUUCCAGCAUAUACCCGAUGGCAUUGCCAAAAAGGCAGCUAUUUCUACUACCAGCAACUCGUUGCUUUCCCUAGCUAAAAUAUAUCAAGAUGGGAUGUCUACUACCACUCCAGGCAUUGGAGCUUCAAAAACAUCCACGGGAGUCCGUGACAUCCUUGCUCUCUAUUACCUUUCCCUCUCACUCCAGCCCAGUCCAUCCACGGCCAACAACGUUGGAAUUUUGCUCGCGAGCGUCCAGCAGAAUGGACCACAGAACGCUCCUCGUCCAUCUGGUGAGAACCAGUUGCCGGAUAUCCCUGGGGUUGUUCCAGGCAGCGGAAUUGCUCUUGCUUUGGGUUACUAUAACUACGGCCUAAAUCUUGAUUCGAAACAUGCUCAUCUUUAUACGAAUCUUGGAAGCCUUUUGAAGGAUAUUGGUCAGCUUCCAGCUGCAAUCAAAAUGUACGAACAGGCUGUACAAUGUGACAAUAAAUUUGACAUUGCGUUGGCCAAUCUGGCAAACGCUGUGAAGGAUUCAGGCCGAAUUAACGACGCCAUUGGCUAUUAUAAAAGGGCCGUUGCUGCUAAUCCUGAGUUUGCAGAGGCAGUUUGUGGCCUUGCAAAUGCGUUGAACUCAGUUUGCAACUGGGGAGGCAGAGGUGGGAUUGCGGCUAAUAAUGGCGCACGCGAUCGGUGGCAUGUCGAUGACAAAGGGAUGCUUCGAGACGCGAAAGAAAUGGGAGUUGAUUCCGGCUGGAUAAAACGCGUUGUUGAAAUAGUGGAUAAACAGCUCAAGGAUGGGGAAAUGUGGGGCUCUGGUGUGCUAGCGAGCAUGCCCCGGGACAAAUUGGGUCUCAAUCUAGCUCUCGUUGGACAAGAUUCAGCUUUAGCUCAUUACAACGCUUCUUUGAACGCACUCCUGAGAAGCUGGGCAGGACAGAAAUGGGAAGGAUCAAGAAUCGUGAGGCUAGUCGAACGUGCGAUAAAAUUGAUCGGAUGGCGUUGGUAUCAGGAUCGAUAUGUUCAUGGCAAAGAGUAUCCGCCCUCAAAAUACGCCCGACCACAGCUUCCAACUAGCUUAACCGCUCCCAACGCACCUACGGUCUUGCCGUUCCACACUUUUACAUGCCCUCUUUCAGCGAAGCAAAUUCGUCACAUAUCGCAACGCAAUGGUCUCCGAAUUUCAUGCUCUACUCUUCGAUCCCCAUGGCUACCUGGAACAGUCUACUGUCCUCCCCCGCCUCCUAAUCCCCACCUAAACGUUGGAUAUGUUUCGUCAGAUUUCAACAAUCAUCCUCUGGCGCACUUGAUGCAGUCCGUUUUCGGCCUCCAUAACCCUCAUCGAGUCAAGGCCUUUUGCUAUGCAACGACGUCCAGCGACAACUCUGUGCAUCGAAAACAGAUUGAACGAGAGGCGCCUGUUUUCCGUGACGUCAGCAACUGGCCCGUUGAUCGAUUAGUGGAGCAAAUCGUCAAAGACGAGAUACACAUUUUGAUAAAUCUGAACGGUUAUACCCGUGGCGCAAGGAAUGAAGUUUUUGCCGCUAGGCCGGCACCCAUACAUAUGUCGUUUAUGGGCUUCGCUGGCACACUCGGUGCUGAAUGGUGCGACUAUAUCCUUGCGGACCAAAUUUCAAUCCCCCCCGAAACUCUUGCUCCAAGAAAACGCAUUACUCGGGUCGAAGAUCGCUUAGUGGAGGAGGAUCAUGCUGAAGACCUGGAAGACUGGAUCUAUGGAGAGAGAAUCGUCUUCACCCGUCAUACCUUUUUCUGCUGUGAUCAUCGCCAGAGUGCCCCAGACUCACAGGACAGGCGUUUAACUUGGGAAGAAGAGCAAGUCAACCGGUGGAAAAUGCGCAAAGAGAUGUUUCCCGAUCUCCGUGAUGACGCUAUAAUCCUUGGUAACUUUAAUCAGCUUUAUAAGAUCGAGCCAACCACAUUUCGUACCUGGUUACGUAUUCUUGCCCGCAUUCCAAACGCAAUACUUUGGCUACUUCGUUUUCCAGACCUUGGAGAACAAAAUCUCAAACAGACAGCUGUUGCCUGGGCCGGCGAGGCCACUGCCUCCCGCAUCGUUUUCACCGAUGUUGCUCCUAAACAUGCACAUAUUUCUCGUGCUCGCAUUUGCGAUUUAUUCCUUGAUACCCCUGAAUGCAACGCUCACACGACUGCAGCGGACGUCCUUUGGAGUGGUACCCCCCUCCUCACGCUCCCGCGAUAUAAAUACAAAAUGUGCUCCCGCAUGGCUUCUAGCAUCCUGACCAGCGCUCUUCCGCAGACUGAAGCUGGUCGUCUCGCUGCUCGUGACCUAAUUUCGUCUUCAGAUGACGAGUAUGAAAACCGUGCGAUAAGCCUGGGUCUGGACCUGAGAUAUGAAUUGGGUGGCCAUGGCCGUGCUAAAGGGAGAUUGGUCGAACUGAGAAAAAUGCUUUUCCUGAAUCGAUGGGAGAGUAAACUCUUCGAUACAAAACGAUGGGUGAAUGAUUUGGAAGAUGCCUAUGAUGCGGUGUGGCUGAAGUGGGUCAGAGGGGAAGAAGGCGACGUGUGGCUAUAGCAUUUCAGGGCCUUGAUUCAUCCCAAACCCUGUUGUCAUGCAGGCAUACCCUUUUGGCCGUUUUUAAGGCCAGCGGUGCCUAGGGUUGGAUUCUCUCGGCGUCCCUGAACUUCCCUUACAUAUCUAUCUAGAUGAUAUCUGCUUUUUGUUACACUUUUUUUUAAACUCUACUUUUUGAUUUCAUGUUUUAUUCUCAAUGUUAUCGCCUUGAAUUAUGUAAUUUCCUAUCUGUCCCCCACCCUUUUGCUUUGAAGACAAUAUGGGACUUUGAUGUUAAACAUUAUAUAUUUUUCCCUUUUGUUUUUGUUUGCGAUUUUCUGAAACAACCGUGUAUGUGGUCUGCCGACGGCGUUAUUAUUUAAACCACUAUAUCUGACACUUGGGGACAAAACAGGAUAAAGCAUGUAUUUGACAUGGGACUUCAGAAGAGGUCGGUUGGCAUUUUGUCAGGGAAAACACGACUGGAAAUGGGUAGCCUGGUGGGCAAUUUACUACCCGGCCCAACGCGUUUUUAUCAAAUCAUUUUUGCUAUGGGCGAGAGUUGGCUCCAUCGUCCGUCGCCCCGUUUUUUCGCUUCGCUUUGUUUUGCUAGCUCUUGUUCCCCCUUGCUUUAAUUUA